UGUACAGCCAAAUUACUCCAACUCCGCCUUCCCAAUGGGUGAGAGAAGGGGAGGAAGAGAACUGUUGCAAGCCUGUUGCUAUGGCCACGCAGCAGCAGGCUGGGCUGUUUGCGUGACUGGGAUCCUGCUGCAUCAGCUGCUGUACGAAUUUAAUUGAAUUUGGAGGAUGAAGUCCAACAUAAUGCAUUUUGUUCCUCCAGUGAGUAGAGACAGAAUAAUCUCUCAGUUUCCCAAGUGGUACACAUCUGAGGCCUCUCUGCAGUUCAAAGAGCACUUCCAUGCGCAGGUCAGGACUGCUUGUCAGCAGAGCACUGGAACAGUUGGGCUGAAAAUAUCCAAAGUGGUUGUGGUAGGAGACAUGUAUGUUGGGAAAACCAGCCUUAUCAACAGAUUUUGUAAAGAUAAUUUUGACCGAGACUACAAGGCAACCAUUGGAGUGGAUUUUGAAAUUGAACGUUUUGAAAUAAUAGGAAUACCAUACAAUCUCCAGAUAUGGGACACAGCAGGUCAAGAAAAGUUCAAGUGCAUUGCAUCUGCUUACUACCGAGGAGCAGAGGUUAUAAUAACAGUGUUUGAUCUGGCUGAUAUCCAGACUUUGGAUCACACCAAACAGUGGCUAGAAGACGCAUUGAGGGAGAAUGAGCCAGAUUCCAGCUUCAUCUUUCUGGUUGGAACAAAAAAAGAUUUGGUGUCAGGUGCUGUGUGUGAAAGAACAGAGCUAGAUGCCAUCCGCUUUGCCAAUGAGAUGCAGGCAGAAUACUGGUCAGUUUCAGCCAAAACAGGGGAAAAUGUCAAAGAGUUCUUUUCCCGAGUUGCUGCCUUGGCCUUUGAACGGUCCAUGAUAAAGGAGCUGGGGAAAACUGCUGGGUGCAAGGCCCGAAUUGGGACAGGAAACUUCAUCAAACUGGAGAAGAGCAUGAUGGAUAUCCCAGAAGGCAAUGCUAAAGUCAGCCUGAGUUGCUGCUAACUGUCAGCUGUUUCUGCAAGCACCGUAUUUCUCUGUAGAGCAGCAUAGAGUACCUGCAAAAAUGAAGGCUCUCAAACCAGAAAUAGAAAGUUGUAUUUUUGGAAAAAGGGGAGGAAAAACUUAUCCAGACUUCCUUUCUGAGAGUUCCCUUGCUGCUGCAGGCUCACUUGUGCAGGAUGGUACAAUUGUUACAUAAACCUUUCUCUGUGUAGUGGAAAUAUGACAUCCUUGGCUUAAUGCAAGAAGACAUUGCCAGUGCCACGUGCUCACCUGUCUGCCAGAAACACUUGUAGUCACAAGUUAUCUAAUUUAAGUCUGUUGUUUUUUGAUAAUUCUCUAGAAGUCUUAGAUAGUGAAAUCACAUUCUCAUGGAAGCAGAGAACAAAUGAUAGUUCAGAAUAUAGGGUGCUAUCCAUAUGUUUUUGCCUUCUGAGAUCAUAGUAUAAAAUAACUCUGACUUGCUUGUAUGCGUUCCAAUUAUUUUAAAACUGUUCAAAAGAAAUAUUUUUACAUAACAGGUAUGGAAGUACACAAAUGCAGACUGCGUAGUUUUCACUGAUUUCUCCAUCCAGGAAAAUCUAUAUUAUCUUUCAUUUUCCACUUCAGAAUCAGAGACCAUUGUUUAAAUAUUUCCAAGCCUAGGAGAAAUCCAGGUAGGAACUUUAUUGUUUUAUCCCAGCUGUCUAAUAUUUUGAAAAUGUUACCAGAUAAGAAUGCUAUUCUUUUCCACCCUCUUGAAUAAGAAAGAAUUGCCAUAUAGAUGCAUGGCAUAGAAAAAUUAGAUUUCAUGUAUUCCAUCUUCCAAAGAGGAUGCAGAUUCCUUCUCUGGAUUGAUCUUCAUGAAUAUUGCCUACACUGCAGUUCUUCUUUGUUGCUAAGAGUAAUGACAUUUUCAUUAUAUUGUAGCUGGUUUUUUUGUUUGUAGCAAUGUAACGUGAUUCUGUAACCGUACGCAGUCUCAGUCAUGAACUUGUUCAUCCCUGUCUGUGGUAGGAACUCUGAGCUGGUAAGUUAGAUUCGAUGCUGCUGCUAAGCAAUUAGUCACUCUAGCUGCUUUUACUGGACAAUAUAAUUUGAUCACUAGAUGCUGGCAGCAAUUUGCUCCACUGCUUAAUAGAAGCAGUAAUCAUAGAGAAAUAGUUCUGCCAUUUUGUGAAAAGACUUGCAAGUGUAUGUGGGUUUAGAGGGAUGGGAAAAGCUGGAGUUCUCCAAAGGAGGCACAUGCUUGUUAAGUAUGUUAAGCCCUAAGGUACUUGCCGUAUGAAGAUACCAUUCUCUGGAUAUGUUGCAGUGAUUUGGUGUGCUGGUUGGAUCAAAAAAAUGUUGCCCUAAUUUUGCCUUGUCAAAUACCCUUUGACAUAACCUUGUGAAAUUAGUUCUUUAGAAAUGACAAUUAUUGUUUAAUGGGGAGAGACUGUUUCUGGGUGCUACUGAAUUUCAUCAAAGUAAGGCACCUUUACAAUGCUCUUCUACUCUGGGCAACAGUGACUGAGGCCAAAAGGUAUUCCUGUUUUAAAAGUAAUUUCUGCUGACAAGUGACAUUGCCAGAAACUCGAAUGACAAAUAACGUUGACAGAAAUUACUAUAUACAAAUAUUUGGUCACUAAAUUGUAUUAGUAUGAUGGAUUAUGAUAAUUAAGUUUAAACUGCAAAAGUAUAAAAGAAGUGAAAGGGAAAUACAGUCAUUUUAUUUCCCUCUAGUUUUUCUAGCAUCUCACCAGAUUUUAAUAUUCGGUUCUGAGUAUCUAGUUAGUGAUAUUUCUCUAAAGAUAAAUGAGAUGCUGUAAAUCUUUUGCUUGCACUAAACCAUACAAAUUUAUGGUCCUCCAAAAUCACUAUAAGCACUCAAAUGAAAGAAUUAAUGAAGGAAUGAAAGUGGGACAACAGAAAGACUGCUUCUCUAGAAAUCUAUCAGCAGUUUAUAACUCCAUACUUCUAAGAUUAAAAUCCAGCAUUACAUGCUAUGCUGGCAUAAAAAAAAAAAAGGAACACCUUCUAUAAUGCUCUAAAUUUCAUACUGCAACCUUUUUAAAUGGAGAGAAAGAAGAAAACUUAUGGACAGCGACAAGUUACAGUUUCUUAAGAUACUCAUUCAAUCGUUACAGAAACAAUAGUAUCUGGAAAACUGAUUAUAACAGGAUCUUUCAUAUUUGAGCUGUUGAGAAAGACAUUUGUUAAUAAAUCUAUGCAUCAGACUGAAAAUAUCUGAGAUUAUCUGCCAUUUUCUCCCCAAACUGUUUGAUAAGAAAUAGGAAAAAGUGGAGGAAAAAAUGACUCAAACAUCCUUUUUAUUACUUUUAUUUUCUUAUGGCAUAAGCUGUAGCUUCAUAGCUUCAGAGAAUAUGGUGAAAUGAGAUCUAGGAACUCUGUGUCUUUUUUUAUCACACAAUCUUCACUUUGGCAAUUGUGCAGAUUCUGUUGGCAAAGAUGCAAAUGUAGCAUUUGGUGGAGAAAAUGAGUAUGUGUGGGUAUGUAAGGAGUUAUUUAUCCAAAUGUGUCAUAUUUUAACCUUAUGAUGUUCUGUGUAUUUGUUCAUGUCCCGAAUCUGUUUCACGAGGAUGACGAAUAUAUACUCCACUGGUACCACAUGCUGCACUGCGUGGGCAGCAUGGCCAUGGUCUUCAUGUUUACUGAGUUUGAAUGAGAGUAGAAACUAUGAUUUGCUCUACUGCAGCAAAUCAUGUUGUCUAGGCUGGGUGCUAGGUUUCAGUGCAGACUUGUUUGUAUUUACAGCUGCAAAAUGACUCAGUAACAAACCCAAUAAAAGAUCAGCAUUCCAGGUUCCCCCCCUGCCACCCCCCCCCCCCCCCAAAAAAAAUAUAUCUUGUGUUUCUUUUGUUGUUGAGCUCAAUUAUUGUACAAAAUCGGAGAUGCAAUCUCUUCAGCCAUGCAGUCAUGUUGCUUGGAAAAUCAACUGGGACAGUUUUUUUUCUAGGGAUUCAGUACAUUGCUUGAUGUCGUUACUGAUCUGUAUCUUCUGGAGCUCCAAAACCCGCACAUACAAAUACAAUACUCUGUCAGUCAUUAACUAUCACUUGGCAGCGGUCUGACUCCAUCUGUUCUAUGAUGGAAUCUUUGAGACUGGGAUUUUUUUUUGGUUGGUUGAUUUCUGGGGUGUGUUUUUUAGCCCCACCGAGACUUCCCUUGCAAAGAACUCAGUAUUAAUAACGGAUCAUCUAAAAUGAAUUCUGGAUCAUGUUGCAAAUGAUGCUGCUUAGGCAUCAUGGAUCAUGUUGCUUAGGCAAGCACAAAGGAAAUUAAUGGUGGUGGAAAAAUAAAUGUAAAUUUGCAGGUUUUUAAACAUUUCUAUUUGGUGUAUGUUUUAUCUAUGCAUGUUAGUCCAUUCUAUCAGCAACUUAAUUGGCUUUGAAGAAGUCUUAAUAUUGUGGAAAACAGUGUUGGAACAACUGCAUUAACUCUAAACAUAGGUAGGCUAAACCACAAUUUUUACACCAGUUGAAGCCCUCACAGUGAUCAUGGCAACAGCUGCAGUGCCAGCUUCCUUGUGGAAUUUGCAGCUAAGAAAUUGGAGAAGUGAAAUUCAGACGGAGUCUGAAGUAAACGUAAAGAGCAAUUGUAAAAAUCAAUGUCUCAAAAUAAGUACUUAUGCUGUUUCUUGUCUUAAUAAGUAGAAGCUAUCGUGUUAAUGAGUUCCUGUUUAAAUAAGUGUGCAUAUCUGAGCAAAACAGCUGGUAAUGGAUUAAAAGCCGUUUAAGGAGCAAUCACUUGUCAGGCAAAGUUAAUUUCUUACCAUAAAAGCCUUUCCUUUUAAUUUUUAGUGGU